AUGGACACCCUCACAUCCGUCGUUCGAGUGAAUACUCAAAAGCCCGCACGGCCGCAACCUCUAAGUAACCCACAAAGUCACCAGUACGGGCAGCAGACGGCACAGAACGGCAAGUCAGAAGAUACUAGUAUAUUUGGUGACGAUGCUUAUUUUGGUCAUCCUUCGCCAUAUCGGGCUUGGAAUGACAGCACAGCUCAACUUGAUGACUUGUUCCUUGGAUAUUGGUCAGAAAUCCACGGCAGUCGACACGGGGCGGUUCACAACAUAGAUCUCACAUCGCCUGUCCAAGAUACUCUGGGGACACCCGACAACUCAGAGUUAGGUAGUUACGUCGACGCACAACACGCACACGAGGUCGACCAGAACGCUAAAUUGGAGAAGCGGAGAGCGCAGAAUCGAGAAUCGCAACGCAACUUCCGAAUGCGUAAACAGGCCGCUGUGGAUCGCCUAUUGGCUAAAAUAGAGUCACAAUCACGCGAGAUCGAGAUGCUGCGCCAGUAUAACCAAUUCCUGGGGGAUACAAUCAAGACCUAUCGUAUCGCGGGAAUCAACGGGAGGCUUUUUGAUGGGCAUCAAGAGUGGAAAUGA